AUGUUGCAAAAUUUCGAAUUUUCAAGUCUAAAGUCAGUCUUCUUCCAGAAUCGUCUCGUCUCUUCCCGUCGACUGUUCGCUCGCUCGCCGGAGAAUCUCUCUAUGGCUAGGUCACCGAGCAAACACGGCCGCGAUCCAACACAGGAUUUCCAGGGAUUUUUGAAUGAUUUGCAGGACUGGGAACUUUCAUUGAAGGAUAAUGACAAGAAAUUCAAACAUCAAUCUGCUAAUUCAUCGAUUCCGAUUAGUGCAAAAAAGUAUGAUUUUUCAAGUGGUUCACUGAAUGAUGAGAGUCUAUUGGAUGCUAAUUCAGAGAAGGAACAGGGGAAUGAGUAUUUCAAGCAGAAGAAGUUCAAUGAAGCGAUCGAUUGUUACUCUCGGAGCAUUGCUCUGUCGCCGAAUGCUGUGGCUUAUGCGAACCGAGCAAUGGCUUACCUUAAAAUCAAAAGAUAUCGAGAAGCUGAGGUAGAUUGUACAGAAGCGUUGAAUAUGGAUGACCGAUACAUUAAAGCAUACUCACGCCGAGCAACAGCAAGAAAAGAGCUUGGCAUGCUUAAAGAAGCCAAAGAAGAUGCUGAGUUUGCGUUAAGAUUGGAUCCACAGAGCCAGGAGCUUAAGAAGCAAUAUGCGGACAUCAAAUCUUUGCUUGAGAAGGAAAUCGUUGAGAAAGCCACUGGAGCAAUGCAAAGCACUGCGCAAGAACUACUCAAAGAAGCUGGUUUAGGGACCAAAACGAACAAGGAAAGUUCAAGGAAGAAGAUCAUUGAAAGUGUACAACCUGAGGAGAGAAAUAAAGAAGGUUCCAAGAAAGUUCCGGCUAUCGCUGAACAUGUAGAGAACUGCAAGAAAGUGACGCCGAGAAGCCAAAGUUCUGAUAACAUUAAGCCAUCAGUGCAAGAGCUUGCUGCUCGUGCGGCGUCACUUGCAAUGGCUGAAGUUUCCAAAAACAUCAAAGCUCCCAAAUCUGCUUACGAGUUCGAGAACUCUUGGCGGAGUUUCUCCGGCGACAGGACUUUACAGAACCAGUUGUUGAAGGUUACGACUCCGAGCUCUUUACCUGAGAUUUUCAAAAACGCCUUGACUUCUCCGGUUCUGGUUGACAUAAUCAAAUCCGUAGCUUCAUUUUUCCGUGAAGACAUGGAUUUGGGUGUUAAAUACAUUGAGAACCUCACAAAGGUUCCUAGAUUCAACAUGCUCGUCAUGUGCCUUACCUCCACCGAGAAAAACGAGCUUAUGAAGAUAUGGGACGAUGUGUUCUGCAAUAAAGCAACUCCAGUGGAAUAUGCAGAGGUCUUAGACAAACUGAGAUCAAGAUACUGUCUACAACAGUAA